CAGGGCCGGCUCCAGGCGCAAGAAGGAAGCGGCCGCCGCGAUCCCGGAGCGUCCGCUGGGCUAUGCGGAACGGGCUCGCGUGGCUGCUGCAUCCCGCGCUGCCCCGCACCCUCCGCACCCUGCUCGGCGCCCGGCCGCUGCUCCCCGAGCGCCUGUGUGGUUUCAAUAAAAAACCUUACAGCAAAAUGAAUAACCCGGCUAUCAAGAAACUAGGAAAUCACAUUAUCAAAUCUCCUGAAGACAAGCGAGAGUACCGCGGGCUUGAGCUGGCCAAUGGUAUCAAAGUACUUCUCAUCAGUGACCCCACCACGGAUAAGUCAUCAGCAGCACUCGAUGUACACAUAGGUUCAUUGUCAGAUCCUCCAAAUAUUGCUGGCUUAAGUCAUUUUUGUGAACAUAUGCUGUUUUUGGGAACAAAAAAAUACCCUAAAGAAAAUGAAUACAGCCAGUUUCUCAGUGAGCAUGCAGGAAGUUCGAACGCCUUCACGAGUGGAGAGCAUACCAACUACUACUUCGACGUUUCCCACGAACACUUGGAAGGUGCCCUAGACAGGUUUGCACAGUUUUUCCUGUGUCCCUUGUUUGAUGAGAGUUGCAAAGACCGAGAGGUGAAUGCAGUUGAUUCCGAACACGAGAAGAAUGUGAUGAAUGAUGCCUGGAGACUCUUCCAGUUGGAAAAAGCGACGGGAAAUCCCAAACACCCAUUCAGCAAAUUUGGGACAGGUAACAAAUAUACUCUUGAGACUAGACCAAACCAAGAAGGCAUUGAUGUGAGACAAGAGCUACUGAAAUUCCAUUCUACUUAUUAUUCAUCCAACUUAAUGGCCAUUUGUGUUUUAGGUCGAGAAUCUUUAGACGACCUAACAGACUUAGUGGUAAAGUUAUUUUCCGAAGUAGAGAACAAAAAUGUUCCACUGCCAGAAUUUCCUGAGCACCCUUUCCAGGAAGAGCAUCUUAAGCAACUUUACAAAGUAGUACCCAUUAAGGAUAUUAGGAAUCUUUAUGUGACAUUCCCCAUACCUGACCUUCAGAAAUACUACAAAUCAAAUCCUGGCCAUUAUCUUGGUCACCUCAUCGGACAUGAAGGCCCUGGGAGUCUGUUAUCAGAACUUAAAGCAAAGGGCUGGGUAAAUACUCUUGUUGGUGGGCAGAAGGAAGGAGCCCGAGGAUUCAUGUUCUUUAUCAUUAAUGUGGACUUGACUGAGGAAGGAUUAUUGCAUGUUGAAGAUAUAAUUUUGCACAUGUUUCAAUACAUUCAGAAGUUACGUGCAGAAGGACCGCAAGAAUGGGUUUUCCAAGAGUGCAAGGACUUGAACGCCGUUGCUUUUAGGUUUAAAGAUAAGGAGAAGCCACGGGGCUAUACCUCUAAGAUUGCAGGAAUAUUACAUUAUUAUCCCCUGGAAGAAGUCCUCACAGCUGAAUAUCUACUAGAGGAAUUUAGGUGCGACUUAAUAGAAAUGGUUCUUGAUAAACUGAGACCAGAAAAUGUCCGGGUUGCAAUAGUUUCCAAAUCCUUUGAAGGACAAACUGAUCGCACAGAAGAGUGGUACGGAACACAGUACAAGCAAGAAGCCAUUCCUGAGGAUGUCAUCAAGAAAUGGCAAAAUGCUGACCUGAAUGGAAAAUUUAAGCUUCCAACAAAAAAUGAAUUUAUUCCGACGAAUUUUGAGAUUUUACCAUUAGAAAAAGAAGCAACACCUUACCCUUCUCUUAUCAAGGAUACAGCCAUGAGCAAACUCUGGUUCAAGCAAGAUGAUAAGUUUUUCUUGCCCAAGGCGUGUCUCAAUUUUGAAUUUUUCAGUCGCUACAUUUAUGCUGAUCCUCUCCAUUGCAACAUGACAUACCUGUUUAUCAGGUUAUUGAAGGAUGAUUUAAAAGAGUAUACAUAUGCAGCACGCCUCUCAGGUUUGAGCUAUGGCAUUGCAUCAGGAAUGAAUGCAAUACUUCUCUCAGUGAAAGGUUACAAUGACAAGCAGCCAAUUUUGCUAAAGAAGAUUAUCGAGAAAAUGGCCACCUUUGAGAUUGAUGAAAAGAGAUUUGAAAUCAUCAAAGAGGCGUAUAUGCGAUCUCUCAACAAUUUCCGGGCUGAGCAGCCCCACCAGCAUGCCAUGUACUACCUCCGCUUGCUGAUGACAGAAGUGGCCUGGACUAAAGAUGAACUGAAAGAAGCCCUGGAUGAUGUCACCCUUUCUUGCCUUAAGGCCUUCAUUCCUCAGCUGCUGUCUCGGCUGCACAUCGAAGCCCUUCUCCAUGGAAACAUAACAAAGCAGACUGCAUUAGGGAUCAUGCAGAUGGUUGAGGACACGCUUGUUGAAUAUGCUCACACCAAACCUCUCCUCCCAAGUCAGCUGGUUCGCUAUAGAGAAGUCCAGCUGCCUGACAGAGGUUGGUUUGUUUAUCAGCAGAGGAAUGAGGUUCAUAACAACUGCGGCAUUGAGAUCUACUACCAGACAGACAUGCAGAGUACCUCGGAGAAUAUGUUCCUGGAACUCUUCUGUCAGAUCAUCUCUGAGCCUUGCUUCAACACCCUUCGCACCAAGGAGCAGCUAGGCUAUAUUGUCUUCAGUGGGCCACGUCGAGCCAAUGGCAUACAAGGCCUAAGGUUCAUCAUUCAGUCGGAAAAGCCACCUCACUACCUAGAGAGCCGAGUGGAAGCUUUCUUAAUUACCAUGGAAAAGGCCAUAGAGGACAUGACGGAAGAAGCCUUCCAGAAACACAUCCAAGCAUUAGCAAUUCGUCGACUAGACAAACCAAAGAAGCUGUCGGCAGAGUGUGCUAAAUACUGGGGGGAAAUCAUCUCUCAGCAGUACAACUUUGACAGAGAUAAUACAGAAGUGGCGUAUUUAAAGACACUUACGAAGGAAGACAUUAUCAAAUUCUACAAGGAAAUGUUGGCGGUCGAUGCCCCCAGGAGACAUAAGGUUUCCGUUCAUGUUCUUGCCAGGGAAAUGGACUCUUGUCCUGUGGUUGGAGAGUUCCCAUGUCAGAAUGACAUAAAUCUGUCCCAGGCUCCAUCCUUGCCACAACCUGAAGUGAUUCAGAACAUGACCGAGUUCAAGCGUGGUUUGCCACUGUUUCCCCUUGUCAAGCCACAUAUCAACUUCAUGGCUGCGAAGCUCUGAAGAGGCCCCUCGGGUGGGAAAGUGCAAGAGGAUGCAUUCUUAGUCUUCCAGGCGUGAGGAAAAGAAAUCUUGGCUACGUUAAUAGCUUCUGGUUCGCUGUUAGAGAUAAAAACAGAAAAAGUUGUCAGGUGUCAGUGUGUAGAAGUAUUAAAAUUCCAACAAUAAAAUCACAAAAUCUUAGAGAUGUAAAAUAUUUUUUACAAUACAUGGCUUAAAUAUUUAAAAUUUUUCUUUUCAUUAUGAGAAGAAAUUUUCCUUAUAUAACAACACUUAAAAUGAUGAAUGAUGUUCCUGUAGAACCUUCCUCCCCUGUUCUGUAAAAUAGUCCACUUGUCAGAAGGUAAUAUGUUCACUCUUUUCUAAAUGCCUCCUAGGCUGACAGAGAAGACUUCAAAACAUUUAGAAAGAUCAUCCCUUUGUUCAAAAUUGAUCCUCAAAUUUGCCUUCUACUUGGUGGUUUCAUGUAAAUCAGUGGAGAAUGUUACAUCUGGCAGAUAAUGAACAAAGCAAUGUAACUGUCUUUUGUUAGUGAAAUUGCUGAUUAUAUAAGGCAUGGUUUUAAUCUUUUUAUAAAAUUGGAACAUUUUUUAAACUAUUACAAUGCUGGAAAAUCUUCGAACACCCUACUUAUUUACAGUGGUAGAAAUACAGACUUACACCUUACAUCAAUUUUGUCCCAAACCGAAUUUCUCAGGAUUAUUGUAACCUUUUUUCUUUCGGAUUGAAUUCUCUAUUGACAUUCUUGUUCAUAGUUGGUUUGCAGUGUUCCCAUCAGUUCCUUGUUCCCAUCAUCAUCUUACUGUAUUUAUUUAACAAGUAUAUAUAGGGUCAGCUUCAGACCCCACUGAGUGUGUGACAUGCUUUUCCAACAUCAGCUCUUCUAAACAUCUGUAACCUUUACUGCCAUAAAAUUGCUCUCAGAAUAUGGAAUUGUAUUCAAAAUAUUUGCCCCAUUGAGAAUUUAAAAGGCAACCAGUACAAAGCCACUAUUUUUUUUUGAGGUAUAAAAAAAAUAAAGCCUUGGGUUCUUUAAUAGUCUGAUCUCUGUAAGACUCUUAAAUCCCUUUUGCUACCAGUCUAAUCUUGCCUUAAGUGUUAAGUUGUUUUUGAAUAUAUAUAAAUAUAAACAUACAAAACAGAUGAUGACUGGAAUAGACUUUUAAACAAUAUUUUUUUCAUGAGAUACUAUUUUAGAUUAAAUACUAUAGAUUUAACAGCUGUUUUGGAAUAUUUACUGUUGCUGCUUUAAGAGAAAUUGUUAGUAUACUUCCACGUACAGGCACUCAUAAUAGUAAUGGCCUGUUGUCCACUAACUCAGGCAGUCAAGAAAUGGCAUUUUCAAAUGACAUUUACCUCCACAUGACUUGAUUUGCCAGGACUUCUUUCUGUAGUCAUGUCUUUUCACAUCUUAAGUUUUCGUAUUUGCCAUCUUCCAAAUAAUCUAAAUUUGGGGCAAGAAUGAUAUAAUUUACCAUGGAGGCUGCUUUCCAAAGUGGGGCUCCAUUUCUGUUGUCAGAUCAAUGUGGUGCUGUAACCGUCUUUUUAUCCCCUACCUUCCGAAGCUUCUUGUCAGAAGCCUAUCUCGGUCCACCAGAAGACGUGUGAGUCAUCGCUUCCUUCUGGUUUUAUGCAUUUGUCGACUAUGCAGCGUUUCAUCAAACAGCAAAUAUAUACAAGUGGGAUCCAACCUUAGUCCUGAGUGUUUUGAGUCUGCCUCUGUAAGAGUCAAUAGUCCACCUAUCUUUUCUGUGAAAAAUUAUGUGCUCCUGAAUAACUGGGCUCUUUUUAAAAAAUUGGAUGAAAUUUAGCAGUGUCACUUUGAUGAAAAAGUCACAUGACGAAAUUCGGACAGGAAUCCCAGGUAGUCUUGCAGGAACCCGCGUGGCUUCUCAGUGUCCCCCAGCUUUGCAGCUUCCAAAUUGGAGUCAGAGCAGCUGUUGGAUCACUCAGGCAAACUAACGGAUUCAUGUCAAUGGGUCCAAGCUGCAGUCCUUGAGCAAUAACAGAACCCCCUCCCCAAUACUCAACAGCGUAGUCAAGGAGAUUUGAGAAACAAAUUAAAUUAUUAGUUACCUGGGACUUUUUCAAAGAAGUCUUUCGCUAGUUGAUGUGGAAGACAGAGCAUGUGACACAGCCAGUGUGGUGGAGUGCUAGGGUAACCCUGUUUACAAUAAAUCACCUGAAUUUAACCUC